UCCCGCUCUGUUGCCAUGGAGACGAGCGAGCGCAGCGGCGGCGGCGGCGGCGGCGAGGCUGUCAGCGAGCGCGGCGGCGGCGGUCGCGCGUCCGCGGGGGUCUGCAGGAGGAAGGAGGAGGCCGGGGCCCGAACCCUCGCGGCAGACAUGGACUUGCAUUGUGAUUGUGCUGCCGAAACUCCGGCCGCCGAGCAGCCGUCGGGGAAGAUUAAUAAAGCCGCUUUCAAAUUAUUCAAGAAGAGGAAAUCGGGUGGCACCAUGCCCAGCAUAUUUGGGGUCAAAAACAAAGGGGAUGGGAAAGGCUCGGGUCCGACGGGAAUGGUGAGGAGCAGGACCCACGACGGACUGGCCGAGGUGGUGGUGCUGGAGAGCAGCAGGAAGGAGGAGCCGCGCGGCGGGGGCGACAGUGGCGGCGGCGGGGAUGGCCGCGGUGGGGGUCGGCCGAACCCCGGUCCCCCCAGGGCUGCCGCGCCCGGCGUGGGCUCCCUGGCCACCAGCUCUGUGGCCAAGUCACACAGCUUCUUCUCGCUUUUGAAGAAGAACGGGAGAUCCGAAAACGGCAGAGGAGACCAGGCGGAUGCGAGCAAGGCUGGCGGCAAACAAAAGAGGGGGCUGAAAGGGCUCUUCAGCAGCAUGCGCUGGCACAAGAAGGACAAGCGGGGCAGGGCGGAGGACAGCGGCGGGCGCGCGGGGGCGCCGGGCGGCCGCGGCCUGGUGCUGCCGGGGUCGCUCACCGCCAGCCUGGAGUGCGUCAAGGAGGAGACGCCCAGACCCGCGAGCCAGCCGGAGGAGCGCAGCCAGGACGGCCCGCGGGGCCCAGCAGGUGAGCCCGGAGGGGGAGAGCCGGCGGCGGCCGAAGCGCGGACCUGCCGAGAGGCCGAGAGCCCCGGGGGCCCUCACGCCAAAAGCGCCCGGGGAGAGGACGCCGCGGGGCAUCGGCGCGCCGAGAAGCCCGCGGCACCCCCCGAGCCGGGCGCUGCGGAGGCCCAGACGGCCGAGGAUGCUUCCAGGACAGGUGACGUUCCGAUAAAGACCGUCCCCCUUGUCGACUCCGAGUGCGGCAGCGGCCGAGCGUCUGCCGUGCCUGACCCUUCCUCUGUUGACCCACCCUCAGACCCGUCGGCCGAUCGUAUUUGUUUGAUGUUUUCUGACGUGACUUCACUGAAAAGCUUUGACUCUCUUACAGGCUGUGGAGAUAUUAUUGCAGACCAAGAGGACGAGGCAGGUCCCAGCUCUGACAAGCAUGCCUCCGGGCCAGGCAAGCCAGUUCUCUCUAAAAAGAACCCCAGCGUGGUGGCCUACCAAGGAGGAGGGGAGGAGAUGGCCAGCCCGGAUGAGGUGGACGACACCUAUCUCCAGGAAUUCUGGGACAUGCUGUCCCAGACUGAGGACCAAGGACAAGGGCCCCAGGAGGGAGCGGCUAAGGCGGCAGCGGCACUGGAGACCAAGGUGGUACCCGAGACCUCCAAAGACGCCAGGUGUGCAGAAGGGGCCAAGGACGUGGCCUUGGUCAAGCGCAGGAGGCUCAACCGGAUUCCCAUUGAGCUCCAUCCGAAGGAGGAGCCUAAGCACCUGGAGAAGGAGCAGCAGGAAGGAGUCCCCAACAGUGACGAGGGCUACUGGGACUCCACCACCCCCGGCCCCGAGGAAGACAGCACCAGCAGCGGUAAACCGGCGGGCAUCCCCCGGGACAGCUACAGCGGCGACGCGCUCUAUGAUCUCGACGCCGAUCCCGAUGGAGGCCCUGCUGUCCUUCCCACCAACGAAGAGACGUCCUGCUUGUCCCGGUUAAAGCCUGUGUCUCCAGGCACCAUCACCUGUCCACUGCGAACACCAGGCAGUUUGCUGAAGGACUCGAAAAUCCCCAUCAGCAUCAAGCACCUCGCGAACCUUCCAUCCAGCCAUGCUGUAGUGCACCAGCAACCAGCCAGGAGUGAGAUGCCCAGAACAAAAAUCCCGGUUUCCAAAGUGCUGGUCCGCAGGGUCAGCACCCGGGGCUUGGCUGGGACCACCAUCCGCGCAGCGGCGUGCCACGACAGUGCCAAAAAGUUGUGAGGUCUCCGAGGCCCAGCUGGAGGGACCACAUGUCAAGGAAUACAACUCUCCCUGGAAACCACUAAAAUAAGUUUUGUUUCCCCUAAAGAAAGGAUUUUAGGACCGUUCCUGCUGCAGAGCCUGGACUGAGGAGGUCUUUGUGUCGCCAGCAGGGACAGGAUACAUUGGAGAGGGGGGUGCCACACAUGGGAUUCUCCUCUCAAGAUAAGGCCCUGAGAAUUAUUUCCAAGCACUUUUUCUUUUUUAUCUUUUUAAAAAUCUUUGUUCUUUCUUUUUUUCUUUGAUGCACUGAACACUCAGAGGUCACCUUUACUUGCCUUUGCAGAAAACAGGACUUAGCCAAACCUGAGUCAGCAUUAUGCCUGUGAUAUUUGGCUGCCAUGGUCCACUGGCGUGGAGGAAGCACUGCGGGAACCAGAGGAGCCCUCCCCUUCCAGGACACUUCCCUUCCUAUCUUCUUUUCCUUUGCUGUAUCACUGUGUGGGAAAUGCCUACACAGCUGAGAGGGCCAGGUAUUUACCUGAUGAGCAGAGGGGACCAUUGAUUGGCAGAAAGCUUGCCUACUUUCAGUUGCUAGGUAUGCAAAUAGGGAAAUAUCUACCACUAGGACAAUAAGGGAGAGUUUUGGUUUGGUUGG